AUGAUGAAAAUCACUUUAAAUCGAAUCUUGCUUAGCGUCUUUCGUAGCACAUCACGAGUAAAAGCAAACAGCUCACAACUUAACGCGUUCGCUUUAGUGAACGACACAAACAUUCCGGAUCUCGUUGAAUCUACUUUGCGAAUGCUGUCGCAAAUCCCUAAGAAUAUGAGACGUAAGACGUUUGUAAAUUAUUUAGCAUCUCAGAGCAUAUUAUGGCAAGCAUUCUUGGGGACUUAUUUACACUUUGCAUUUUCUGAACUCAUGUUGAAUGGUGGAAGGAGACAAAGUAACGAAAAUCUACUUAAGCUUUAUGUCGUGCAGAAAUUGUUCACCAUUAAGAUUUCUCAACAGCUUCGUAUAUGCCCUGAGCAGGUCACCAAGAAAUUAAGACUUCGCCUGCUUUAG